AUGGCUCUUGAAGUUCUAUUCAAUGCCUUUGGCCACCGCGUGGUUGAUUUUAACAAAGUCGAUCUCCAAACUCUCGAUAAUUCCGAGGCCCUAGUUCUCGACACACCCACAUUCCACGAGAGGAUGCAAAGUUCCCUACCUUCUACAAUAUCAGCGUGGGAUACAUCGAAAGAGCAGAAAAAGGUUGUUUCGGGCUUACGGAAGGUCUAUGCAGCGAGUUAUGCCGAGGCUUUACAGAUAAUUGAACAUGGUCAAGCCAACAGAACUGUAUCAACUACUCAUACCAAUAAUCCAAGUUCUCGAAGCCACGCCUUCUUGCAAAUCGAAAUCAAGAGAUUCUCAUCGCGAAAUACAGAAAGAGGAAGUGCAAACUUAUGCAUUGUCGAUCUUGCCGGCUCGGAACGUUCACGCACCGCAGAAGCAGGAAGCAUAAAUCGUAGCCUCAUGUGUCUUGGUCAAUGUCUCCAGCUCCAAAAUGAAGGUUCCGAUAACGGCAAGCCAAGCAUCGUUCCAUGGCGGCAAUCAAAACUGACAGAAUUGUUAUUCAGCAACUCGUUUUCUGGUGCAGGAGGUGGACAAGGCGCAUGUAUGAUUGUGACUGCAGACGCAAUGGGCGAUUUCAGUGCCACCUCCCAAAUCCUCAGAUACUCAGCUCUUGCCCGAGAAGUCUCUGCACCACGAAUAAGUCGCUCCCUCUCAAUAUGCUCGUCCGUGUCCUCAUGCUCAGAGUCGGCUGUCGAUGCUCUUGCUGGAAGUAUUUCUUCUCUCGCCAUUGCCACUGAUCUCACUAUACCUCCCCUCAGCGCUGCACCUGAAGAACCAAGCAAGGACACAAUAAUAGCACGUCUUCUCUCGAAACUCCAUGAAACCGAAUCUCGAUUGCAACUUGCCGAGGAACGUUGUGAGGCGUUGGAAAACAAAUGUUUGUUCAUUGAGCAGUCUGUACGCGAGGAAGUGGCAGAUGAUAUGGAGUUAAGAUUAGAAGAAGUACGGCGGAGUAUGCUGGAUAGACUGAGGGUAGAGGAAGAAUGGAGAGAAGGUUAUGUUGAUGGAAAAAUUGAGAUUAUGAAACGGGGAAUCCAAGUUCAUGAAGACGCCCCACGAUCUGUAUACCUAAGAAUAGAAGAGCUUGAAGAUGAGAACGAAAGAUUGAGACGGGAAUUAAUGCAGCUGAAACGGGAGGCUGGCAAUAGGAGUCCAAGCAAGGGGCAAAUUCCGAGGGAAGUGAGGGAGGCCGGUUAUCGAACCCCAAGCAAGGGUCAAGUUGUGAAGGGAAGAAAGGGGUCAAAGCCGUUGAAGGAUGUGUUGAAUUUGGAAGCAUUUCGAGCACUAACGAUUAGCGGGGAGCGGUGA